GCGCCAUGGCCGCCGCUGCGGGGCUGGCGCUGCUGGCGCUGCUGGCGGCGGCCGGGGCCGAGCGGGGCCGGAAGGUGUCCAUGGAGUACAACCCUGGCUGGAACAGCUCCUCUGUGAACCUGCUGCACGUGCGGGCGGUGGGGCCUGAGGACACCCUGCACUACGUCUGGAGCAGCAUCGGGGCCCCUUCUGUGCUCCUGGUGGCCACGCGGAGCCCCAGCAGUGCCCUGAGGGUCAACUGGACCCAGCUGCUGUCACCCAGUCCUGCUGGGGCCGUCUGGAUCGACCCUCCCGACAGCGUGGUCUAUUCCACAGCCGUGGUGUUCACCAAGCUCUUCGAGUUCAGCGAGGCCAAACCUUUGGGAGAGCUCUUCUACCCCACCUACGACCUGUCCGAGUUCUCCUGGGAGAGCCUCAACCACACUCUGAACCACACGGCCCUGACGGCCGAGCUCAGGGGGGUCCCGGCCAGCGACCCCGGCGGCGCCUUCGCCAACGGCAGCCUGGCAUUCCGGGUGGCAGCGUACGAGGGCAGCGGCCGCGCGGUGCGGCUGCCGCGGCUGCUGCACACGGCGGACAGCUCGCAGCUGCAGUUCGUGCUGGCCGGGGUGCUGCCCCGCGGGAACGGCUCCCGCUUCGUGCUGCAGCUGGCCGCGCUGGAGCCGCCGGGCACGCAGCGGCGCCUGCGGGCGCGGAGCUCCAUCGACGACGAGUACGCGCCCAGCGUCUUCCAGGAGCUGUCGCUGGUGGCCGAGCCCCCGAACGGCACCGGCUCUCCUCUGUCCUUCCUGCAGUGGAAGGCGGCCGCCUACGGCUCGCCCAGCCCGCGGCGCGAGGACGGCGUGCGGUGCCGGGCCGGGGCGCUGCGCGCGGCCAACGGGAGCCUGCCCGCGGCCGCCGUGCCGCGCGCCUUCCUCGGGGACACCGGCUGCGCCCUCAGCGUCCUCAACGUGACCUUCGGCGGCGAGGAGGGACACGUCUACCAGGAGAGGAGGUACCUCAGCUGGUCGGUGCUGCUGGGCUUCGGGGAGCCCCCCAGGGACAGCUUCUCCCCUCUGGUGAUCUCCAUCACGGCCGUGGCGCUGGGCACGCCGCUGGCCAUGCUGCUGCUGGGCAGCUGCCUGCUGCUGCUGGCACAGAGACGGCGCUACUCGGAGUACGAGCCCAUCAACUGAGGGGGCCGGGCCGGAGACCCCCGGGAUCCUCCCCUCAAAUCCUGG